AUGAAUAGCAGCGGUGGCAGUAAUGGAGGAGGAGGAGGAGGAGGAAUGAUGGGUUUCAGUAAAUCAUCACCUUUUACAGUUUCUCAGUGGCAGGAACUUGAACAUCAAGCUUUGAUCUUCAAGUAUAUGGUUGCUGGUCUUCCUGUUCCACCUGAUCUCGUUCUUCCCUUUCACUCUCACAACUUCUUUCACCAUUCUAUUCCUACCCUGAGUUAUUGUUCCUUCUAUGGUAAGAAGGUGGACCCGGAGCCUGGACGAUGUAGGAGGACCGAUGGAAAAAAAUGGAGGUGCUCUAAGGAAGCAUACCCUGACUCCAAAUACUGUGAACGCCACAUGCACCGUGGCCGCAACCGUUCAAGAAAGCCUGUGGAAUCACAAACAACUCUUGUCGCUGCUCCCACCACUACACCUCCUAACUUCCACACGACAAAUGCCUUUGCUACUCAUCUCGAUACCAUUCCCUAUGGGAUUCCAAGUAAAGAAUACAGGUAUCUUCAAGGUCUUAAAUCUGAGGGCGGAGAACAUAGCUGCUUUGCAGAAGCUUCAGGAGGAGGCAACAAAUGUGUCCAAAUGGAGUCUCAGCUAGAAAACAUAUGGCCUUUGAUGUCAACCAGAGUUUCCUCUUUUUCUGCAUCAAAAUCAAGUAAUAAUUCCAUGGGGCAGAGUGAUUAUCCCCAGCAUUCAUUUUUAUCAACUGAAUAUGGAUCUGGAGAAGCUGUGAAGGAAGAGGGCCAGCCUCUUCGGUCCUUUUUCAAUGAAUGGCCUAAGAGCAGGGAGUCAUGGUCUGGUUUGGAAGAUGAAAGAUCCAACCAAACAGCCUUCUCCACUACUCAACUCUCAAUAUCCAUUCCCAUGUCAUCUUCUGACUUCUCUGCCACAAGCUCUUAG